AUGAUACAGAAAGAAGGAGCAGUAAAGGAAUGCAUUAAAAAUGACCACAAAGGAUUUUAAAUUCUCGCUGUGGACCUUUCAGAGGAAUUAAAUAAAGAAAAUGAUCAAAAGAAAUAUUAUUGUGUGAAAUGUUUAAUAGAAAAAAUUGGAGUUAAAAAGAUUGUUCUAUAUGAAGAAGCAAUCAAAAAUAAUGAAAUUUUAAAUGAAUAGUUACAGAAAAAUAAUAAUCAACAGAAUUAAGAAAAGUUAGACUAUUUUACAAAAUUAUAAUCAUAGUUUAAAUUAGUUGAAGAAAGAUUCUAAAAAUCUAUUUAAAGUGUUUUUAAUUAUAUCGAGUCAAAAUUAAAAGCUACAUAAUAAAAAAUUGAAAAAAUUCCUGAGCCCACAUUAUUGGAUGAUAGUAUUAAAGUAUUGUAAAAUUGUUACGAGGAAGAUGGUGAAUUUGUUAUUCCUUCUCCUGAUUUAGAUCAAAAAAAAACAUUCGAUUUUUCCCAAUACAUGAUGAAAUUUAGAUAACUAAUAUCGAAUUCUGAAUAAAUAAUUGAAGAAGAAACAGGCAUAUAAAUAAUUGAACUGAAGGAAUAAAUUAAUUUAUUGUUUGAUGAUAAACAAAAAGUAAAUAUGUUGUGUAUUCUUAGAGAACUCCAGCUUUAAAUCUGAUAUGUGAAAGUCAUAACAUGGAGAUUAUUAUGUUUAAUUUAAAUCAAGCAUAAUUUGAAUAAACAAAUCCUUUUUUAUGUGUUGAAUGUGCAUAAGAUCUUUUAAUUAGAGGGAAUAAUGCUAUUGCUAAAACAAUAUCAUUAAUAAAGGCAGAAGAAAAAUGGAAUGAAUAUAUUAAAGACCAGAGUGAAAAAAGAUCAUAAAGGCAAUCAAGACUCAAUUCAGCAAUUGGAUUCAUUAAAAUAUUAUAAGAAAAGUAUAAUUAGGAAUUGAAUAAAAUUAUUAAAUCCUUAAAUGAUCAAUUAAAACAAUAGCCUAAAUAUUAUGAAUAACUUAAGAAAUUGAAAGCAACUAGAUUAUAAAAUUAAGAUAAACAAAGUCUUCAAGAAAUUAUAAAAAUUCUCGGUUAGACAGAUUAAUUAAAAAAGCAAGAAUAGCUUUCAAAUUAAGAAGAUUCGCAAUUUUUCGAUAAUCAAAAGAAAGUAUUAGAAGAGUUAAUAAAAGAAAACAUACUAGUAGAAAAUUAAAUGUAAUGGCUGUAAAACUUUGAUGCAUGUAUUUAUUUAGAGCCUCAAGAUUAUAGUGACGAUUUCAAAGACACCAGCCAAAAUGACCUAGAAUUAUUAGAAUUUCUAAAAAGAUCCUCUAUAUAAGAUUAAUAUUUUUCCUUCUUUGAAAAUUCCUUUAAUUCUUUAAGGAAAUUUGAAUAAGAGGAACAGGCAUUAAAAUAAAAAGGAAAACUUGAAAAAUUAGCAUAGCUAAAACAGGAAACAGCAUCCGAUUCAAUUUUAUUAUAAUAAGAAUUGUAUUAAUAAUUUUAGGAGAGGUAAGCUAAAUUGAAAAGAUUAAUGAAUGUAGAUGAAUUAUAAACCUCUAAAGUAGAAUAUGAAAAAUUACUAAUAUUAGAGAAUCAAAAUAAAAAGAAAAUUAUAGAUUUGGAACUUCUUAACAAAUACUAACAAACUGAGAUAGAAAAAGGUUUAAUUCAAAUAGAAAAACUGAAUAAUUUGUUAACACAGAAUAAAAAUUAAAUAACACAGAAUAAAAAUCAGUAUUUAGAAUAGAUCUCAGAACUAAAGCAAGCUUACUCAUUUUCUGAGUUGUCUUGGUUAACAGGAGAUACAAGAAUACUCCUUAAUGAUUACGCCUAAAAAAUAUACAGAAAAAUAGAAGAAAGAACGAAAAAGACCAUUAAAAGAAAAUACUUGAUAGAUUCUUCUUCUUAUUGUAAUAUAAAUAGUUUCAGUGCGUUGAUGAGUAGAAUAAAUAGAAAAUCUAAUUUAUUAAUGAUUUUUAAAUCAAGAACUCAAUAUAUUUUUGGUGGGUUUACUCCGUGUUAAUGUGUGAUAAGGAGUGGAGCCCAUCAAAUAGAUGAAUAAGAAUAAUCAUUUUUAUUUUCAUAGACUCACGAUGAAAUUUACCCUUUAAAAGAAAAACGUUAUACUAUGUAUUUUAACUAAUCCUAAUUAGAAUUUGGCUGUGAGGAUAUGUAGAUAUAGAGUGAUUUUUAAAAAGGAAAAUCAAAUUUAGGAUAUACCUAUUAAUUUAGUCAAUAUGGAUAAGCACAUGCAAGAAAUCAUUUAUUCGGAUCUCCUGAACCAAAUAUUAUGUAAUUUGAGGCUAUUAUGUUAACAUUUGCUUGA